CUGUUAUAAUACUAACCCGGCCUGGGUCACUUGACUCCGGCACAAGGAAAGCUGCUUCUUCUUUGCAAAGGCGGCGAGGCACCAACGCUCUCUAGCUCCGCUCUCUUUGUAUUUUGAGUUUAUUACAGAAUUAAAAACUAGCAUAGGGAAAGUUCUACUAAAAAAAUUCGAAGUAGUUUCCACAACAUGCAAUAUAAGCAGCAUCAGGAGAUAUUUUGUUCCUUGCAUAUACUUGAUUCCAUCCUACUAGCCAAUUAGGUAGAUAACACAAUGUCGCUGAGGCGUUUCUUAGGCUAUUCUGAUGGUGAGGUCAUGAGGUCUGAUGCAAAACCUUGUUCCAGGCUAAUGAGGCACACAGCUGCAAUCUUUAGUGUUGGUGGAGCAUUAGGAUUUUGGGUCCUUUGCCGAAUGCACUAUGGUCCUCGAAUUACAAAUCCUAGGAGUCUUCGUUGGGCAGCAUGUGGAGCUGUAACUGCGAGCUCAGGCACGGCUUUGCUGGUUCGUUUGUUUAGUCCUGAAUGUGAGCCCCAGAAUAUAGCUGCUUAUGACAAUAAAAACUAACUGGUGUUGUCACCCCCUUUCUUUUUCCCCUACUGAUAACAUCAUAAUAUACUUGAUGAGGUAGGUUGCAAUUAUCUCGCAUGUGUAAGUUUUAUGGUAUGGAUGACAUUUUCUGGCACAUCACUAAGGGAAAAUUUGGCUAAUUAAUCCAACUAUUCUUAGAUGUUAUAAAGGGUAAAAAAUUAUUUUCAUUC